AUGCAUGGUACACCAAAUGGUCUGUUCUUUGCAUUUUAUUACCCCAUCCUUGCUGCUAUCGGGGUCCCAGCUAAUUUGGCAGUGAUUGUGAUCCUAUACAGAGGAAAGUGCGGUCUCUCCAAAUGCAUCACUUACUACCUCAUAUCCAUGGCAGCGUCAGACCUACUACUCAUUAUUACCGCUGGAAUAUUGAUCCGUAUUGUCGGAAUUUACUUCCCUUCCAGUGUCUUCUAUGUUACACCAGUCUGUCGUGUCAAUUUAGUGCUAAUGCAUGGAACCAGGGAUGGUUCUGUCUGGACAACUGUCGUAUUCACUAUUGAUCGUUUUGUGGCCAUUUCUUGCCCGAAAUUGAAGAUGAGAUAUUGCACAGAGAAAGUAGCAGCUGUGGUUAUAGGGGCAGUUUGUGGCAUGAGCUGUUUCAAAAAUACAUUCUGGUAUUUUGUAUAUGAACCAUUAUAUACAAUCGGUAAUAUCCUAUGGUAUUGCACAAUUAAGUCAACAUUUUAUACAUCACCUGCAUGGGCUGUGUAUGAUUGGAUCCAUCGCAUUUCAGCCCCUUGUCUCCCAUUCAUUUUGAUCUUACUGCUCAAUGCUGUGACUGUCAGGCAAAUUCUAAAGGCCAUUCAAACUCGCAAAAGACUCUGUGUCAGAAAACAGGUGGAAAAUCUGAACGACACGGAGGUGAACAAUCGGAGAAGGUCCAUCAUCCUGUUGUUCUGCAUCUCGGGAAGUUUCAUCUUGUUAUGGCUACCAAGUCUGUUAACAUUUCUCUACGUCCGAAUUAAAAAACUUAGUUAUUUCUCGGGUUCCAAUUACAAUGAGUCCAAUUUCAUUGUGGAAGAAAGUGGAUAUAUGCUUCAGAUCUUAAGUUCCUGUAUAAACCCAUUUAUUUACGCAGGGACCCAGAGUAAGUUCAGACAUGAGCUAAGGAGUGGCAUUAAACUUUCUGUCAAUUUCAUUGCGAAGAUGUUUAAAUUUUGA